UCCCCGCAGACCUGUAGGAGCUGAACAGGCAAGUCAGAGAACAGAAGUUGCUUCAUUUUUGGUCUCGGGAAGUUUCACCUUCAACUCUGGAGAAGAUGGGCUGCAAACAAGAGGAUGAGGGCAGUUCCUGGAAGAAACCCACUACCAACAUCAGAAAAACAUUCAUUUUCAUGGAAGCACUUGGAUCAGGAGCCUUUUCAGAAGUUUUUCUGGUGAAGCACAGAGCCACUGGCAAGCUUUUUGCUUUGAAGUGCAUUAAAAAGUCACCAGCCACCCAGGACAGCAACCUGGAAAAUGAAAUAGCUGUGCUGAAGAAAAUAAAGCAUGACAACAUAGUAACUCUUGAGGACAUUUAUGAAAGCACAACCCACUAUUAUCUGGUAAUGCAGCUAGUGUCUGGAGGAGAAUUAUUUGACCGUAUUUUAGAACGAGGUGUUUACACUGAAAAGGAUGCUAGUAUUGUAAUUCAGCAAGUCCUGGGAGCAGUGCAUUAUCUUCAUGAAAAUGGGAUAGUUCAUCGAGAUCUAAAGCCUGAAAAUUUGCUCUACCUAACACCAGAAGAGGACUCCAAAAUCAUGAUAACCGAUUUUGGUUUGUCUAAAAUGGAACAGAAUGGCAUCAUGUCUACAGCAUGUGGAACUCCAGGAUAUGUUGCUCCAGAGGUGUUAGAACAAAAGCCAUACAGUAAAGCUGUGGAUUGCUGGUCAAUUGGAGUUAUUACCUACAUCCUCCUGUGUGGAUACCCUCCUUUCUAUGAAGAAACAGAGUCCAAAUUGUUUGAAAAGAUCAAAGAAGGCUAUUUUGAAUUUGAGUCUCCAUUUUGGGAUGAUAUCUCUGAGUCAGCCAAAAAUUUCAUUUGUCGUUUAUUGGAGAAGGAUCCAAAUAAGAGAUUUACCUGUGACAAAGCACUCAGGCAUCCCUGGAUUGAUGGAAACACUGCCCUCUACUGUGACAUCUAUCCAUCUGUCAGUGUACAGAUCCAAAAAAAUUUUGCAAAAAGCAAGUGGAAGCAAGCCUUCAAUGCUGCAGCUGUGGUCCAUCAUAUGAAGAAACUCCACAUGAAUGGUCAUCAUGCAGAUAACAAUGUCAAAAGCCAAGUACAAGUACAAAAUACAUCAAGGCCUAAUACAUCAUCAGUUACCAACCAGGAACAAUCAAAUCAAGAUGCCAAGAACUUGAUCCCUGUAUUAUCCUAUCAGAAUGCUUCAGAUCUUCCUGGCCUACAUGCCAAGAUGACAGACAACAAAUGCUUAGAUCACAUGGGUAGCACGUCAGUCCAUAUGACUAAUCUAAUUACAGUAGAUAACCAGAGCCAUCCAAACAGGGCUUUAGUUGGCUGCAUUCCAGAAUGUGGAACACGUGAGAAAGUGAAGACAGCUUUUUGCUCAGAAUCAGUACUCAUCAAAAGAGGUGCAAAGACACAUCACUUCAACUCAGAAGUCCUUGUUCCAGUCAAAGCCACUAAUCACACCUAUUUUGGUACUGGACAAACUGGUGUUUGCUUGAUAAUGUGAUUGAAAAGAACUGCCAUAAGGAUAAAACAUAUACCUUUACAGAAGGGCUGCUUGAUACUCCUAUUUCAAAACUUCACAGUCAAAUAUCAGCCAUGCACGAAGGGAAGGCCUGUCUUGAACAAUGCCAGGGACAACUGUGUUCCCAAAAGCCCACAGCCAAUCUUUUCUAUAAAGCACAUCCAUAGAACUGAGGGUUCACAUGGUGCAACUAUUCUAAAAUAUUAGAGAAUUGUUUCAUAUAAACAGGAAAACAUGAUUCUUAAAGAAAGGUUCUGGGCUCCUGUAAUCAGUAGAUUAAUCUACAUUAUCAGACAAAACUGUUUCUUUUUCCUUUGUGGGGAGGGGUGGGAGGUAUGUUUGUACAUCUGUGCUUGUUCAGUGGAAUAAAGAACAAUUGCAAGGUGUGCAAUGUUGUUUUUGUGUUGAGUCCAUGUGGGGGAGUUGGUGGAAGCAGAACACAUCCCAUGCUGGCUUGCUUGUGGCGCUUUAAUUCAUGAUCCAGGAGCAAUUUGCUAAGAAUGCUUGUUGACACUUGCCAUUUGUUCCAACGCAGCUUGCAUGAGGCUCAUGGGCAGAUUCCACAGGCUGGAAGGGAGCACCAUCUCUACUUUAUUGAUGAAAUUAAUUUCUGCUUGUCAGUUCUGGAAUAGUACAUGUAAUAUAUAUUGUUCAAUAAAGUUUGUUGGUUCUUAAAUGCCUGAUAGUUAUUGAUAGAGUAAUACAGGUCACCAGUCCCUCAGUGUCAGAUUUGUUUCCUGCAGUAGUUUAUCUGCAAACUACGGUUUAUGUUGGUAAAAAGAACCAGUGGUGGCUAAAAAAAAAAAGAAAAAAGUCUGAUAAUAGGCCAUGAGAUCUAAGAAACAGUACCCUUAUUCAUUUAUAUCACUUUCCUAAUCGUGCUUGAAUCCUGAUUCUGCUUGGAUAGAACUUGUAUAAUAGUACAUAUUCCAAUUUUUUAAAAAAAUAAGCCAUCAAAAAGUUUGAAUUUAAGAGAUUAAUACUAAAUAUAAAAGGGUCUUGGAGUGCUACAACAAAUAAAUUAGCACACCCACUUCUGUUUUUUCUAAAGCUUGACCUAUUGCAAUGAUUCAAAGCUAGUUUUUUUAAUACAGUGGUGCCUCGGGUCACGAACGCUUCUGUUCACAACCAAUUCGGG